AUGUUGCUUAAAGAUAUCCUCACUGUGACAGCACUGCUUGUGAGCCAGGUUAGUGGUCAUGGGCUGGUCACCCGCAUCAAAGGCGCCAAUGGCGUCGACAUGCCUGGCUUAACGAUCAUUGAUGGAGUACCACGGGACUGUCCAUCUGCGGCAUGUGGCGGGCAAAAAGACACGGCAAUCAUCCGAGACCAGGAAAUGGGAGGUAUCAAGGCUUCGCCCUUGGGCCGUACCAUGGGCUCUGGUCCGGUGGAUGCGGCCACGGUCAUUAACAAGUUCAUGGGCACGGCGACGGAGAAGCGGGGUCGCGCUUCCCCCUCAGAGAGGCGUCGACAGCUUAUCAACGAUGCGGCGAGUGUCAUUACUAAUGCUGGUGGAACUAUUCUUAAUGGCGUCCAGGAUAUCGCAGACAAAACCCCGCUGGGUGGGACUAUCAAGAGCGCCCAAUCCGCGGUGGAUGAUGCCCUCAGUAUCGUACCAGGUCUUAAGUCCGGCGCAAUGACAGCCCAGGGCACCAAGGAGAAUGGUAUUCAGCUAUACUCUGGCAAAGGUUCCAGCACGGGUCUGCCUACUGCUUCUGCAGAUGGGGUUGUCACUGUCAUUUAUCACCAGCGGGGUACCAAUGCAAAGGCGUUCGUGUCGGCCAAAGUGAUUCAGAACAUCCCCGGUGUGGCCGGGUUCUCGACAUCCAGCACUAUGGACUACGAGGUCAAAGUCCAGGUGCCUAAAGGAAUGAAGUGCACUGGAACAGUCGGUGCGGCCAAGAAUGUCUGCAUUGUACGUGUUCGGAACACUGCCAUCUCCGGACCAUUUGGCGGUUCCGCUGCAUUUACGAUGUGA